UCCAUGCUCAGACACCUCUGUCUCCCCAGAAGCCAGAUCUCACUAGAAUCAUCAUGGAAUCACUUGGCACAGUGACCUUUGGGUUUAAUCUUUUCAAAGAGCUGAAUAGAGAAAACAAUGGCAACAUCUUCUUUUCCCCUGCGAGCAUCUUAGCGGCUGUCGGCAUGCUCCUCCUGCGGACCCGGGGAGCCACUGCCACCCAGCUGCAGAAGGUGCCUCUCUCUGAAAAAGACACAGAUAGCUCAAGAAUCAAAGCUGAAGGAAAAGAGAUUGAGAAGACCGAAGAGAUACACCAUCAAUUCCAAACAUUUUUGAGUGAAAUAAGCCAACCCAAUAAUAAUUAUGAACUGAAAGUAGCCAACAGGCUAUUUGGAGAGAAGACAUACCUUUUUCUUCAAAAAUACUUAGAUUAUGUUGAAAAAUAUUAUCAUGCUUCUCUGGAACCUGUUGAUUUUGUAAAUGCAGCAGAUGAAAGUCGAAAGAAGAUUAAUUCCUGGGUUGAAAGCCAAACACAUGAAAAAGUCAAGGACCUGUUUCCAGAUGCCACUCUAAGCAGCACCACGAAGCUGGUGCUGGUGAACAUCGUGCAUUUUAAAGGGCAAUGGGACAGGGAGUUUAAGAAAGAAAAUACCAAGGAGGAGGAAUUUUGGCUGGAUAAGAACACAAGUAAACCUGUGCAGAUGAUGACCCAGCGUGACUCCUUCAGCUUCUCUCUCCUGAAGGACCUGCAGGCCCAAAUUCUGGGGAUUCCAUAUAAAAACAGUGACCUGAGCAUGUUUGUGUUGCUGCCCAAUGACAUCGAUGGUCUGGAGAAGAUUAUAAAUGAAGUAAGUCCUGAGAAAUUAGUAGAGUGGACUAACCCAGGGCAGAUGAAGGAAAGGACUGUGGAUUUGCACUUGCCCCGGUUUGAAGUGGAAGAUAGUUACGAUCUGGAGGCGGCACUGGGCGCCAUGGGGCUGGGGGAUGCCUUCAGUGAGCUGGAGGCUGACUAUUCAGGGAUGUCCCCACGUUCAGGGCUGCAUGCCCAGAAGUUUCUGCACGGGUCCUUUGUGGUGGUGACCGAGGAAGGUACCGAGGCUGCAGCGGGCACCGGGAUGAGCUUUGCAGUCACAUCAGUGUCCAAUUAUGAAACUUUCCACUGCAAUCAUCCCUUCCUGUUCUUCAUCCGGCACAAUGAGUCCAAUAGUGUCCUCUUCUUUGGCAAAUUUUCCUCUCCUUAGGCCAGUCAUUGGCUUGGCAGAAAACCAGUGUUGGAGAAUUAAUAUGACUAUGGUAGUAGCCCAUUCUUUGAAGAAAUUUGAUUUUCUUGCUUGCAUUUCAAUCCAACCCUCAAAAUGGAUGAUUUAGUGACUGCACUGGGUGUGUGUGUUUAUAAUUUUCUUUAAAAGUGAAAUGUUCUUUUGUGUCAUGUAUAAAGUGAGUUUAAUCAAGGCUUAUAAAUAUGCUGUUGAUUUCUUCUAAAAGUAAAUUAAUGACUUAUAGUUUUAUUCACUAAUGAAAUAAACUGUCUUGUCAGUAAAGACUAUGAAUUAAAGAUGUUGAGAGUCUCUCUAGUUCUAAUAUUUUGAAAGAUUAUAAUAAAAAGUGAAAUAAAACAGUAGUUUACUCAAUUCAUGUGCUACUUUUCUCUUUCUCAGCAGUUAGUGCGGCAAACUGCAUAUAGGAAAGAGAAUUUAGAAACACAUCAGCCAAACAUAAAUGAAAACUCAAAAGCCAGGAUAAAAUGAAACAAUAUACCUGGCAGAGAGGAUGCCCAUAUUUUCACCCUCUAUUCUAACAGAGCAUAUUAUUCAUUGUCAAUUGCAUAAACAUCUUGAUAUUGUAAAUAAAGUCAAUGUGGUCAUAAAAUAAGAUAGAUUCAUUUUAAUCCUAGAACUUGACGCUUGGUAAAUGUGUACACCUGUGCAAACACCACCACACCCAACAUACAGGACAUUUCCAUCAGUCCCCAAGGUUUACUUGUCCUGUUUCCCUGUCAACCACCCCAUACAGCCCCAGCUCACACAACUGCUGGCCUGCCUGUCUUACUUAAAUCAUUACAGGGUAUAUUUGUCAUUUCUAGGGUUUCAUUCAAGUGGAUUCAUAUCAUACGUUCUCUUUUGUGUCUGGUUUCUUUUGCUGAGCACUGAGAUAAUCCAUGUUGUUGGAAUAUCAGUAGUUCAUUACUUCUUAUUGACAAACAGUAUUCCAUUGUAUGGGUAAAUCCACAUUUUGUUUACCUAUUUACCCACUGGGCACUUAUGUUGCUUCCAGUGUUUAGCUACUAUGCAUAAUGCUAGGAUGCACAUUUGUGUACAUAAAUCUUUGUGUGGACAUAUACUUUCGUUUUUUUUCGGUAGACACCUGUGAGUGAAAAUGCUGAGACAUAUGGUAUAUACAAUAUAUGUUUAAAUUUAUAAGAAACUGCCAAAAUGUUCUCCAGAGUGGUUGUACCAUUUUCCACUCUUAUGAGCAAUAUUUGAGCAUUCCAGUUGCUCUGCAUCCUCACCAGUGGUUGGAGUGGUCAGCGUUCUUCAUUAUACCCAUUCUAGUGGGUGUGAAGGUGGCAUCUCAUUGUGGUUUUAAUUUAUGCAUUUCCCUUAUGACUGAUGAUGUUGAGAAUCUUUUCAUGUGCAUGUUGGCCAUAUGCAUAUCUUCUUUUGUAAAAUGUCUAUUCAAUUUUU